GUCAGAAGACAACUUCCCAGAGUCAGUUCUUUCCUCUUGUUAUGUGGGUCGUGGGGAGUAAGCUCUGGUUGUCAGGCUUGGUGGCAAAUGUCCUUACUGAUUGAGCCGUUUCACUACUCCUCCCCCUCCUCUUUUAGACUUUCUUUUUGUUUUCUUGUAUGUGUGUCUGUGUGUGCAUGUGUGUGUCUGUGUGCAUGGGUGGGUGCCUGCAGAGGUGGAAAGAGAGCGUUGAUCCCUAAAGCUAGAAUGACAGACAGGCAGUUGUUAGUGGCCCAACAUAGGUACUGGGAACUGAACUCAGAUCCUCUGAAGGAGCAGUAAGUGCUCUUUACCUGUUGACCCAUCUUUUAACCUACAUAUCUAUCUGUCUGUCUGUCUGUCUGUCUGUCUGUCUGUCUGUCUGUCUGUGUGUGUCUGUCUGUCUGUCUGUGUGUGUGUGUGUAUGUGUGUGUAGGUGUGCUUGUGCCAUGGUGCUCAAGUGGAUGCCAAAGAGCAACUUGCAGGAGAAAAUUCUCUCCCUCCCUCCAUGUAGGUCUUCGGAUCAGGCUUAGCAGCAAGAACCUUUACUCUCUGACCCAUCUUGCCCGUCCUGUUUUUUUUUUUCUUUUAAAUUGAGUUCUAGGGAUCUGAACUCUUGCCAGGUAAGCACUUUACCUAAGCCUCCUCCCCAUGCCCUGGGGGUGUUUUGAGGAAGAAGAGAGAAGCCUUCAGCUGGGCAAAGUGGAAUGGGCCCCAGAUGUGGAGGUGGAAAGGUUUAGAAUUUAGGGCGAGGAGGGAGGAGACAGAAAAACGAGGGAUAGGAAGUUCUAAAAGCGGAAGACCCCACCUCUGGCCCACUAACUCCUCACUGUCUUCUACACUGGGUAGAUAUUAGCGAGGUGGUCACUGGCUCCACUGGGAAUGAGUUCCACCCUUCCCCAAGUGCAUCCCCAAGUAUGUGUUCCCUUCCUCUCACCUCGAAUCCCUCUUCUUCCCCAGUGCUUCCCCUGGAGAGACAGCUCCAUGAGGCCUCACGCUGGAAUCAGGUGGGGAGGAUGAAGGAGCUGUUUGAGAAGAGGGUUAACAUCAGGGCUAGAAACCACGUGGGGAGAGUGGCCCUGCACUGGGCUGCAGGUGCUGGGCAUGAGCAGGCUGUGCGGCUGCUCCUGGAACAUGGGGCCGCUGUGGACGACACAGAUUCGUUUGGGAUGAAUGCACUUCUCCUGUCUGCCUGGUUUGGCCACUUGCAGAUCGUGCAGAUUCUCGUCAACGCUGGGGCCAAGGUCCACUGUGAGAGCAAGGAUGGUCUGACCUUACUGCACUGUGCGGCUCAGAAAGGCCACAUGCCUGUGCUGGCCUUCGUCAUGGAAGACCUGGAGGAUGUGGCCUUGGACCAUGCAGACAAGCUGGGAAGAACAGCAUUUCACAGAGCUGCGGAGCAUGGACAGCUGGAUGCUCUGGACUUCCUCGUGGGCUCUGGCUGUGACCACAGUGUCAAAGACAAGGAGGGGAACACGGCCCUGCACCUGGCUGCCAGCCGGGGCCACACAGCUGUGCUGCAGAGACUUGUGGACAUUGGACUAGACCUGGAGGAGCAGAACACAGAGGGUCUGACCGCUUUGCAUGCAGCCGCUGAAGCGAUCCACACGGACUGUGUGAGGUUACUCCUCAGUGCCGGGAGCAACGUCAAUGCCCUCACCCAGAAAAAGCUGAGCUGCCUCCACUAUGCAGCCCUUGGCGGCUCUGAGGAUGUGUCCUGGGCACUCAUCAAGGCAGGCGGGUGCCCAAACAUGGCUGACUGGCAGGGCACUGUUCCUAUACACCUUGCUGCAAGGCACAACUUCCCUGGCCUGGUCCAGCUCCUCAUAGAUGCUCACAGUGAUCUGGAUGCCACGGACAUUAGGCAGCAGACUCCCCUCCACUUCGCUGCCGAGCAUGCAUGUCAGGACGUAGCUGAGAUGCUCCUCAUUGCUGGAGUUGACUUAAGCCUGCGAGAUAAGCAAGGAAAAACAGCCCUGGCAGUGGCCGCCCGCAGCAACCACAUCGGCCUGGUGGACAUGAUCAUAAAAGCUGACCGUUUCUACAGAUGGGAGAAGGAGCACCUUUCAUGCAGGGACACCAGCGACCCCACUAGGAAGACCCUGACCUUUAAACAAGACCACCGGCAGGAAACACUGCAGCUCCGCUCUGUGCUUUGGCGACUGGCCUCUCGGGGUCUGAGGCCCAAUGAGUGGAAGAAACUGGCAUAUUCCUGGGAGUUCACGGAGGCUCACGUCUGUGCCAUUGAGCAGCAGUGGACAGGAACCAGGAGCUACCAGGAGCAUGGUCACCGGAUGCUCCUCAUCUGGCUACAUGGUGUGGCCACAGCUGGAAAGAACCCCAGCAAAGAACUGUUUGAGGGCCUUGUGGCCAUCGGCAGGAGAGACCUGGCUGAAUGCACCAGGAAGAUGGCAAACGGAGAGCCCAGGGCCCCCAGGAGGUGCACAGCCAUGUGAGCUGUGGGAACGGCGCAGAACCACGGUAUGGAAGAGGAUCUCCAUAAGGGCUUGUGGAACAGUGCCUGCACACAGACCCCCCAGCUGCAGCUACUGGGCUGUAGACACCCCGCCCCCGUGAGGAAACGCUCAUACUUUUUGGAGGAUGGGGGAUGUGUCUAUUCUAGGUUCUCUGGGUCACCCUAUCUCAGGAGUGGGGCCCUUGAAGCUCUCAGCUCACUUUGUUGUGUUUGUGAGGGCGCAUAUGUUGUACAUGUGUGGAGGCCGGAGGACACUUGGCGGGUAUGCCUCCCCAGGCACUGGCCAUCUCAUGUUUUUUUGUUUUGAGACAGGGUCUCUCUCUCUCUCUCUCUCUCUCUCUCUCUCUCUCUCUC